UCUCCCCCUUCUCCAUCCCACCUCUAAUUGCUCAGUUCUCUACCCUUUCUGCCUCUUCUGCCCUUCUGUCUCCCUCUCUCUCCGACACACACGUGCGAGCGCGCGCGCAGACCAACACCUGCGCAGAAUCUGUCAAUCACGCCGACGCCGCUUAGGUUCGCUCUCCAAUCUCUCAUUCAUCCUGACAGUCAGACAGCCUCCAUUUUUAUCAGGAAACUCUCCGCGGUGGAAAGAGUUCAUUUUCGUGGAUUGGUUGGCUAUAUUUUGUUUCCUGGAUUUGAAAUGAUGCUGAAGUGAUGCUGCUUCGCUGUUCCAAGCCGCUGUAGACCAACAUCACCAACAUCAGCAUCAGCAUCAUCAUCAUCAUCAUCAUCGCCGGUAUGAGUCUGAUCGAAAUCCCGACAUGAGAGAUUUGGAGUAACAAACCCUCAGGACUGUUGAAGAUCUCAAGUGUUUAAAACGUUGAUGUUAACGCGCUGGAGAACGCCUCAGUGGCAGGAAUCAAGCAAAGGCACAAAUGAAACUCUGCGACUGAGAAUAAGGCUCUGAGAAUCAUUGUUACCACACACAAAUUCACUUAUUACUCACAAACACACACACACAAUGGCACUGGACAACACCGGCUUCUCCUCGUGCCCUGAAUCCCUGUCCCUCCCAGUUCCAGAGAAAGGGGAGGAGCCUGUGGAGGAGGACCCAAAGGAUGCUCCGCCCACCGAUUUACAGAACACAUUUGAGGAGCUGGGGCACGUCGUAACCACGGAGACAGCCCCGCCCACACAGCCACCGACCAGUAACAACAUGUCCUUCCAGGCCAAGAUGGCUGCGAGGGAGGCGCAAGCCAAUCAGCACAGGAAGAAACUUCAGGGGGUGGGGCAAGAGAGGGGCAAGUUUGGAUGGGGGCGCAGCAGGCGUAAGAGGCAGCGCUACGUGGAGAAGAACGGCCGCUGUAAUGUGCAGCACGGGAACAUGCGCAAGACGUACCGCUACCUGACGGAUAUCUUCACCACUCUGGUGGAUCUGAACUGGCGCUGCUCUCUGCUGGUCUUUGUCCUGGCGUAUGCAGUCACCUGGCUCUUCUUUGGAGCAAUAUGGUACCUCAUUGCAUACUGCAGGGGUGAUCUGGAUCAUUUGGAGGACGAGACGUGGACUCCAUGUGUGAAUAAUGUUAAUGGAUUCAUCUCUGCGUUUCUCUUCUCCAUUGAAACGGAGACAACCAUUGGCUACGGUCACCGUGUCAUUACUGACCAGUGUCCAGUGGGCACCAUGUUACUCCUGCUACAGGCCAUACUGGGAUCUAUGGUCAAUGCAUUCAUGGUUGGUUGCAUGUUUGUGAAGAUCUCCCAGCCGAAUAAGCGAGCCGAGACACUGGUGUUCUCUCGUAAUGCUGUCAUCUCAUUGCGGGAUGACAAGCUCUGUUUGAUGUUUCGCGUCGGGGACUUGAGAUCCUCCCACAUCGUGGGCGCCAACAUGAGAGCCAAACUUAUCAAAUCCAAACAGACACAGGAGGGUGAGUUUAUUCCACUGGAUCAGACAGAUAUCAGUGUGGGCUUCGAGACAGGGGACGAUCGUCUCUUCCUGGUGUCUCCAUUGGUGAUCUCUCACGAGAUCGACGUCCGCUCUCCGUUCUGGGACAUGUCACAAGGUCAGCUGGAAAAAGAGGACUUUGAGAUUGUGGUCAUCCUGGAGGGGAUGGUAGAAGCUACAGGAAUGACCUGUCAGGCGCGGAGCUCUUACCUGGCUGAAGAGGUGUUGUGGGGUCACAGGUUCAGUCCCAUGAUGUCACUGGCCGAGGGAUUUUUUGACGUGGAUUAUGGGGCUUUUCACCACACAUUUGAGGUGAACACGCCCUCCUGUUCUGCGAGAGAGCUGGCAUUGGCUACCGCCCGUUUAGACGCUCAUCUCUAUUGGUCGAUUUCCAGUCGGCUUGAUGAAGAUAAAUGGGAGGGGCCUAAUCUGACUGAGCAAACGGAGAAGUCCACGGAUUCAGAAUCUGUCAGGGAGGGAGACGGGCCAACAUUUACUGUGGGUGGAGUUACAAAUACUCAGGACCAAUCAGUUGUUGGAGAACAGAAUGGCAGUGUGACCACUGACCAAUCAGAGUCUGAGGCUUAAAAGGAUGCAAGAAUGUAUAAAGGUACGGAAAAUAUUCGAAGGAGUCCACAGUUGAUGUUAAAACUUUGGAUUGUUCAGCGAUCCUCAAGCCACCGUCUUUGAGUUAGAUUUGUAAAUGUAUAGUGGCUAAAGCCUAGCAUAGAAUACUUUCCCCAAGGGGGAAAUCCUAGCGUCUCCUUGUAUUUUCGGUCAGAUUAAAUCUUAACUUUUGAUGUUUCACCACAACACUGCCUUCGAGUUCACACAGUAGCUCUAUUUCAAUCCCACUGUCAGACGUCUACUUAGACGUCAUCCUAACUGAAAUAAAACCUGUGAAGGACACAUGCGGUGUUGCUUUAAAGGGAUAGUUCACCAAAAAAAGAAAAUGAUGUCAUAAUUUACUCACCCUCAUGUUGUUCCAAACCUUGUGCUGAACAGAAAGAAGAUAUUUUGAAGAAUGUGGGUAAAAGUCUUUC